UUCCUUUUCUUUCUCUAUUCUGUCGUAUAGAUACCUAUGUACGGGCGGUCAUCGUUAAAGAUAUCCGUAUAAAUUAUUAAAUGAAGGUGCUAUAAGUGUUAUUUUUAUGAAAAGGCUGUAGGUUAUAUAUUGUUAAAUAAUGAUCUUGCUGGAGAUCAAUAAUAGAAUUAUAGAAGAGACUCUAACAGUUAAAUAUAAAAAUGCACUGGCGCGCUUAAAACCUGAAUCAAUUGAUGUGACUGUUGCGGACUUCGAUGGAGUGCUCUUUCAUAUAUCUAAUGUUAAUGGAGAUAAAACCAAAGUUAGGGUUAGUAUAUCAUUAAAGUUUUACAAGCAGUUAGAAGAACAUGGUGCCGAUGAACUGCUCAAAAGAGUAUAUGGACCUCUCCUCACCGAAACGGAAUCAGGCUAUAAUGUGUCAGUGCUGCUGGACAUGGAGAACAUCCCUGAUGAUUGGGAGGAGAUUGUGAAGAAAGUUGGUCUGCUGAAGAGGAACUGCUUUGCGUCCGUAUUCGAGCGCUACUUCCGCCUGCAGGAAGAUGGGGACGUCAGUCACAAGCGAGCCGUUAUCAACUAUCGCCAGGAUGAAACAUUGUAUGUGGAAGCUCAAGAGGAUCGAGUGACAGUAGUGUUUUCCACUGUAUUCCGUCAUGAGGAUGACAUGGUUAUUGGAAAGGUUUUCAUGCAGGAACUGAAGGAAGGUAGAAGAGCAUCACACACUGCGCCACAGGUUCUAUUUUCACACAAGGAGCCGCCGCUAGAACUUCUUGAUACUGAUGCGAAAGUUGGUGAAAAUAUAAGUUAUGUUACAUUUGUGCUGUUCCCGCGACACACGUGCGCGGCGGCGCGGGACAACACCAUUGACCUGCUGCACAUGUUCCGUGACUACCUGCACUACCACAUCAAGUGCAGCAAGGUGUACGUGCACUCGCGCAUGCGCGCCAAGGCCGGCGACCUGCUCAAGGUGCUCAACCGCGCUCGCCCACAACCCACCUCGCGCCCCAACGAACGCAAGACCAUCACGGGGAGAACGUUUAUAAGACGAGAUUGAGUGUUGGUGGGGCGCGGGACGUAGGCGCGCUGUCCGCAAAUGGCCGCUCCGGCGCCGCCUCGUGUUCACUGCAGACGAUACUCCUAUUUAUACCUGUCGACAUAAGAAUCAGAUUCCUCUCACAUGAUAGAGAUAUUGUUGGAGUGGACGCGCUAUCCCACCCUUGAGGCCCGCAAUGUGCGUAUCUCUCCUACCUAACAUGUAACCGUCAUUAUCGUACUUCGUGUUGAUUUUUGUCUAUUUAUUGAAAAUUAUAUUCGUCACAAAGUACUUACAAAUGUAUUUGCCAAUAUUCAUAUUCGAAAAGUGUUUGCCAAAUAUUGGAUAUGCUCAAUAUAUCUGUAGAUUAUGUUGCGGACGCGGGACGGAAUGUGCACAUUGUAUAUGCAGAUAUUUAUUGUCGAUGCGCUCUCGAGCCUAGCCUAGUAAAGUCAAUAAUGUUGCCCUAGUAUUUGUUGAUAAACAAAAUUAUGCUUUAUUAUUUUUAUUAAUGAGAGUUCUAUUUAUAAUGAUGGCACUGCGUCGUUCGUGAUUCGGGUUCCUAAAUCUGUUGUAUACACUCUGUCAUAUGAAUGCAUAGACCACUGUAGCGGCCGUCACGAGUGGACCUUUCUAUUAGUUUAUUUACGUCAUUUUGUUGUAAGUUACGCAAUACCGAUCCUCAUGUAGACUAAAAGUGUAUUAUAAAAUGUAGCCUAUACUGUUUCCAUUUACUACUUUGUUGAUGUAUGGAUGUAGAGAGGCGAGACAGGUUAUCAUGCACAAACUUACGAAUUAUUCAAUGGUUAUGUUAUAUUGCACCAUACACCUCUCGUUUCAUUGCUCUAUGCAAUAAUGUGAACAAUAAUUAUUGUAAAACGUUUAUAUUAUGUUUCUAGUUAGGCCCCAUUCAAUUAUUAAUGUAAGCGGAAAGUGUAUAAAUAAUUCCCAAUAGAUAACUUCCAUAGACAGAGUUGGAGUGAAUCAUAAUGGCCUUAUUUAAAGAGAUCAGUUUGUCGGUUUGUGGGAGCCGUUACCGGCUGUGUCCUGUAGUGUCGCUAGUUUAGCCCGAGGUACGCUGCGUAUCUAAUACUUCACUGUUUUAUCAUUCACUGUAUAUUUCGAUUCCAAUUUGCAUUUAUUUUAAUUUUGGACUAUUAUUUAGAUU